GCAGAAGAGCUCUGCAAGUCCUACCAAAAUCAUGUCAUCACCUUGCAGGCACAGGCCAUCUUGAAUGAAGCUUACUGUAACAAGCUUCAUUAUCAGCUUGACUUUCGAGAGGAAAAGGUCACAAACCCUGAUGCACCUGGGAAACUUGUCAAUGAUGGUCUCCCACGACUACUAUCAGGUGACAAGUUCUAUGAAAGGGUGGUUGAGUUUACAAGAUGGCAGAAACAGAAAGAGGCGGACAAAAUUGCGAGAAAAGAUGCACGCACUUGA